AUUCCAUUUGGUGCAAAAUAUGAUGAGAAGUGGCUGCUGAAUUUGAUUCAGAGCCAAUGCAGUGUCCCCUUCACAGCAGUUGAGUUUCACUAUGAGAAAAUGCAGGCCCAGUUCUUUGUUGAGAAUGCCAGCAUCGCCUUUGCAUUGAAGAGUAUCAGUGGCAAGAUUUGGGAUGAGGAUAACAAAAAGCCUCUCUUUUAUUCUCUGCCGAUAUCAGUCUUUGUCAGCCUCUCUGAUGUAUCAUGCUCUAUGCAGGAGCUGAAGCCUGAAAAGGUGGAGCAGAUAAAGCUGACCACAAACAAAAAAUGUGACACCUCCCAGAAAGCUCUUGGAAUCCAGGGACUCCCCUUUGGCUCAGACUUGAUGACCUGUGACAUCGAAAUGGCAAUGAAUCCUAGAAAAUGCAUGGCUGCCUCCCAGCAGAUCCAUGAAGAGAACAUAACUAAGGUGGAGUUUGCAAGAGAGAUGAACAAGGGGAAAGAACUGCAGCCAGAAGAGAUAUGUGCAGACAGAAACCUCCCGUGCAUAACCUUCCUGGAUACGUCCAACAACAUAAACUCCAUCCUGGAAUUGUUCCCCAAAUUAUUAUGCCUGGAUGACUAGGAGUCACUGAGACCAACCUUCUAUGGCACUGAGGCCCAAAGGUUACCAACCUGCAAGGGAAGCUUCUUUGGAUCUGAGACACUGAAGAGUCUUGUACUGCAGUUCCUGCAGCAGUAUUACUUCAUCUAUGACUCUGGUGAUUGAAAGGAUCUCCUUGCAUCUUACCACGAUGAGGGCUGCUUCUCCCUGACCAUUCCCUUCAACCUCAAACACCCAGCUAGGAUCAGCUUGUGCAAGUACUUCAAGGAUGAUAGGAAUACGAAGAAGCUGAAGGACCCCUACCUGCGGAGGCGGCUGCUGAAGCACACAAAACGUGACAUUGUGGACUUCCUCAGUGUGUUGCCCAAAACUCAGCAUGACCUCAGCUCCUUCAUGGUGGACAUGUGCAUCCAGACGGAUACGAUGCUCUGCUUUUCUGUCAAAGGGGUAUUCGAGGAAGUAGAAGGAAAGUCACAGGGUUCUGUUCAUGCCUUCACCCGGGCCUUCAUCACUAUCCCUACGAGCAAUUCCAGUCUGUGCAUUGUGAACGAUGAGCUAAUUGUGAGGAAUGCCAGCACCAAAGAGACGCAGAGCAUCUUCUCCAUCCCAAUGCUCACAUCUUCCUCCAGCUCCAUGCACACCCUCUCCAAGGAGCAGCAGGAAAUGGUGCAGGCUUUCUCCACCCAGUCUGGGAUGGACCUUGAGUGGUCCUAGAAGUGCCUUCACGGCAACCACUGGGACUAUAGCAGAUCUGCUCAGGUUCUCGCUGUGCCUAAGACCCACACCCUCCCCUACCUGAUAUGGCGGCAGCUACUCCUGAUCCGGCUCUGUCCCCUCGCCAAAGCUAGCCCAGUUGGACUGAGACUUGUGAAAAAGGGAGAUGUCAUCCGAGGCUGCGACCUCUUCGAGCGCCUCGCCGAGGAGGCCGGCUGCCUGGCCCGUUACAACCAGCGCUGCACCCUCACCUCACAGGACAUCCAGGCCGCCGUGCACCUGCUGCUGACCGGGGAGCUCCGCAAGCAAGCCGUGGUCGAGGGCACCAGGGCUGUGCUCAGGUUCACCAUGAGCACAUGA